UUUACCAUGCAACCGAGGUCUAAAUUUUAUUCCUCUUUCUUCAAUACCGUUUGUACAAAUAAAUAAAAAUUUAGCAGAACCAUCAUUUGAGAAAAAAAAACACAUGAAAAAUUGAAAAUUCCGGCCCAGCCCAUAAAAUUCUUCAAAGUCCGUCGUUUCCAAACUCACCCAUUUACUUCGACAGCCUAAAACCCCACCCGACACAGCUGCUCACUCUGCGACAACAAUGGCGAUCUGCCACCAAUCUCCGUUCAAACUCUUCACUACAAUCCCAUCAUCAUCUUCAUCGUCGAAGCCCAAACCCCUUCUCAGAUGUAACCUCUCCCUCCCCUCCAGACCCUCCCUCACCUCCACCGAACCCGAACCCGUCUACACCUCCGUCAAGGCCUUCGCGCCGGCCACGGUGGCCAAUCUCGGCCCGGGCUUUGACUUCUUGGGCUGCGCCGUAGACGGCCUCGGCGACUUUGUCUCCCUUUCCCUCGACCCGCAGGUCUCGCCGGGCGAGAUCUCCAUAUCUGAGAUCUCGGGCGACCACAACUCGAAGAAGCUCAGCAAAAACCCACUCUGGAACUGCGCGGGAAUCGCAGCCAUUGAAGUGAUGAAGAUGCUCGGAGUCCGCUCGGUCGGCCUCUCUCUCACUCUGGAAAAGGGACUGCCUUUGGGCUCCCGGCUCGGUUCCAGUGCGGCGAGNGCAGCCGCCGCCGCCGUUGCAGUCAACGAGAUUUUCGGUGGAAAAUUGGGGAUCGAUGAGCUUGUGAUCGCGGGGCUGAAAUCGGAGGAGAAGGUCUCUGGUUACCACGCCGAUAAUAUCGCUCCGGCGAUUAUGGGAGGGUUUGUGUUGAUUCGAAGCUACGACCCGUUGGAUUUGAUUCCGCUGAUCUUUCCGGACGGUAAAGAGCUGUUCUUUGUGUUGGCGACGCCAGAGUUUGAAGCUCCAACGAAGAAGAUGAGGGCGGCGCUUCCGGCGGAGGUGGGGAUGGCCCACCACGUCUGGAAUUCGAGCCAGGCCGGGGCGCUGGUGGCGGCAGUGCUUCAAGGGGACUUGCCGGGGCUGGGAAGGGCCUUGUCAAGUGAUAAGAUCGUCGAGCCACGGCGGGCUCCGCUGAUUCCCGGUAUGGACGCCGUGAAGAAGGCGGCGAAUGAGGCUGGGGCUUUCGGGUGUACGAUAAGCGGGGCGGGGCCCACCGCGGUGGCGGUAACAGAUGAUCUGGAGAGAGGGAAAGCGAUUGGGGAGAGAAUGGUGGCGGCGUUUUUGAAGGAGGGGAAGUUGAAGGCGGCGGCGAGUGUGAGUAGGCUCGACCGGGUUGGUGCCAGGCUUGUUAGUACCAUUCCCAGAUGAAAGUUUUGAUUUUUUUCCUUUUGGGUUGGUUGAGACUUUAGAUGGGUGUUGUAAACAAUGCAAGAAAGAAGAGUGUUUGUGUUCUUGUGGCAUUUUGUAUUCACAACAAGAUUGAAAAUGUGUAGUGAAUGCGUUUUGUCA